GAGCGUAUCCAUAGUAGGCAAAAAAAAAAAAAAAUGGAGCAUUUGCAAUGUGAUUUGAAGUGCUUAAGCAGGGAUAUCCUAGCUGAUAUCAUGGCUCGACUAGAUGGUUCAACCCUGGCCUCAGCUGCCUGCACAUGUUCUGACCUUCGAGGCAUAGCUCGAAACCAAAGGUUAUGGAAGCAAUUGUGUAAUUCCACAUGGCCUUCCACUGCACUCGACGAAGCCCAACACCUUAUUUCAUCAUCAACGGAUGGUUUUCGCAGAUUCUAUGCUGAUUCUUAUCCUCUUAUUUCGAAUGAUCACAAAGAUGCCAACAAUUACUUUCCUAUACAACCAACCCUUAUUUCUCCGUCUAAUUUUGCUUUGUUUAUAGAUGUUUAUUAUAGAGAAAAAUGUAUUACUUCCAGUGUCUUAGAUGGCAUACCAAUGGAAACCGAUUUCGGCCAAGAUGAUGACACAACAACUGGUCUUAUGAGUUGGGUAUUGAACUGUCCAUUCAAAGUGGUACCUUCAGAUAUUAAUGAUGAAGAUAUUGAAGAUGGUGACGAUGGACAUGACUUCGUAUCACUUGUGGGAAAAGCAGAUGAUCGUUGCAAUGAACUAAAAGAAGGGAUUCGAUUAAGUUGGGUGUUAUUAGACAAGAAGAGAGGAAAAGCUGGAAAUCUAUCAAGCUGGAAGCCAUUGUCGGUGAAGAAAAUAUGGGCUUCCAAUGGUGACUAUAUUCUACAUUUUGGGUGCAUUAUCCCAGUCCAAGAGAGCCUACAACUGCCUCACAACUUGGCCAAGUGUCUUAUAGGGGCAAGAUGCAACAUAGAGGAAAAACAAGGGUAUUUGAGAUGGAAAGAGGUAAGUAUGCACAUUGAGGACACUAGUGGAGCAUAUGUAAAUGGUGGCAAGAGUUUAAUCAUCUUGAACCAAGCUCUAUAUUGCUCACGAAGUAAUAAUCGUCAUGCUGUUGAAAAGGGUUACAUACAAUUUGAGGGACGAAAGCAAGAGAUUAUAAGGAAAAAGAAGCUCGAAGAAACCUUGGCUGAUUGGCUUUGUAUAUCUUUUGAAGUAGUAAUCCUCUUAAUUUUAGGGUACCGAAUUUUACCCAUUUAAAGUCAAUUAUUAUGGUCCAAUGACAACUUAAGUAACCAUUGCAAAGCACUGUGUUUCUAGGACAAAUAAUUAUUCAUGUUAAACUGUGUUUAAACUUCUUUCAUCAAUUACAGACUGUUAUGAUGUUGCAAUCCACAACCUUUGACAAAUCAAAAUGGAAAUUUGAGAGUUUCCCAAGUUAAA